AUGGACGUCUCCAAUAUCCUCGCUUCUAAUACAGCGAAAUACCAAUCCAUCACUGUCGAAAAAGAAACGCCUCUUGAAGUCGAUCCCGGUCUUCUGCUAGUAUCAGACCUCAACCCUAUCGACGAGGAGUCAUACGCCUCAAAUCUCGAAGAACAUCUCCAGUCACUUGCCCGAGAUGGCGUUCAAGCACUGCUUGGGUCCUUAUUCUCAUUACCUACUCAACGGUCAGACGAAGGUCCCCUCGCUCAACUUCCACCACCAACCACCGCCAUCCCUCGGGCGAAGCCUUUACCCAAACCGAAACCUUUGACAAAGUGGGAGCAGUUUGCUAAGGCGAAGGGUAUCCAGCAUCGAACUCGCGAUAAACGAGUAUGGGACGAAGAGAGGCAGGAUUGGGUGAAUCGUUGGGGCCGGGACGGGAAGAACAAGCAGGUGGAGGAGCAAUGGAUUACAGAAGUCCCUGCUAAUGCUGAUGUUGAUUUCGAUCCCCGCAAGGCCGCUCGCGAUGAGCGCAAAGCACGGGUCACGAAAAACGAAAAACAACGGCUUGCUAAUGUGUCUCGUGGGCAGGGCGCUACGAAUCCACGAAAAGCGGAGAUCGAGAAAACAUUGGCGUCAUCGCGGAUUAGCACAGCUAGUAUGGGCAAAUUCGACAAGAAGCUUGAAGGUGAAAAGAAAAUGCGUGGCGUCAAACGAAAGUUUGAACCAACAGAAAAGUCUCUCGAAGCAGAAAAGGCCACGUCGUUGGCACUACUGUCCAGAAUGGACAGCGACGCGAAGAAAGUGAGGAGAGAGGGUCCAAAGGAAGAGAAGGUGUUGAAUGAGCGUAAAGCGGUCAGAUUUGCGAGUAAAGGUCGGGGUGGUGUUGCCUUGGGUCGGGAGACUGCACGAGGCAAAGGAAAGCGAACAAAGGGCAAGCGGUAA